UCCCUCUCUCUCCGGAUUGUACCAUCGCGGGGAUGAAUUUUAACUUGUGCGAUGAAAGCUCGAGAUGAAUUCUUCAUCUCUGACCCACAUGAUACAUCAAGCUCGGUAAGCGGACCUGUUUCGUGUUCCUUCCCGCUCCUCCGCUGUGCGCUCCCGGUGCGGCGGGAGCUAUUAGCGGCGCGACUCUCUUCCCAUCCUCCUCCGCCUGGAUCCGACUCCUCUCUCCAUCUCGCUCCCAGAGAGAGAGGAGCGGAGGAGCGGAGGGGACAGGAGCAGCGGCACACACCGAGAAAGCGGCGACGGAAGCGGGGAAAGUAACUGAAAGGCAGUGCUGAGAAAUCAUCGAGGGCUUCCUGCCUGAGAUUUCCGCCCUGAAGGGCCCUGCAGGAGGCGGCGGACCAUUUCCACGAGUGGAGAGUUCAGCCUGGCCUUUAACUGAUCUGACACUCCUACUGCUCACCUCUGCUUCACCUCUCCAACAAAGAACCUCCCCCUCACCCAGGGAGCCUUGACUCCAGUCUCCCAGCUCUCCCACACCUCCAUCUUCUCUGCUCUCCCUGAUCAAUCCACCGCCAAAACUCCCCUGACUCUGGCCCUCCUCCUCCCUCAUCCCGGCCUGCCGUGGUGAGUCUCCCCUGGGUGGCUGAGGCCAUGGCGGUACCUUCAGCCCACGAGUUUCACUGGCAGAGCCUGGCACGGCUGCCCAGCGGCCGUGUUUACCACACUCUGUCUGAGGUGGGGGGGCAGAUGUACAUGCUGGGGGGCUGCGACGCUGCGGGGAGGCCCUGCCCGGCCCUGGAGCUCUACUCUCCAGAGGGGGAUCGGUGGAUGAGCUUGCCUGCCAUGCCCACCCCUCGUGCGGGGGCAGCUGUGGCAGUGCUGGGCAAACAAAUCCUGGUGGUGGGAGGAGUGGGAGAGGACCAGACUCCCCUGAAGGUGGUGGAAAUGUAUAACACAGAGGAAGGGAGGUGGAGAAAGAGGAGCGCUCUGCGGGAGGCUUUGAUGGGUGUAUCCAUCACUGUGAAAGAUGGCCGGGCCCUGGCUGUGGGGGGAAUGGGUGCUGACCUGCUCCCGCGUAGCAUCCUGCAGCAGUAUGACCUUCGAAAAGACGUGUGGGCGCUACUUCCUCCCAUGCCGACUCCACGCUAUGAUGCCAACACACAUCUGCUGGCCAACAAGCUCUACGUGGCAGGCGGUCGGCAGUGUAAGCGGCCGGUGAAGGCCUUUGAGGUGUAUGACACAGAGACGCGUUCUUGGACGACGCUACCCCCCAUGCCUUGUAAACGUUCGUACGGGGGUGUGAUAUGGGACACAACCGGGAGGUUGUGUCUCCUUGGAGGACUACGGCAGGGAGGCGGACACCAGAGCUCCAAGUUUACCAAGAAUGUCAACAUAUUUGACACAAGCCAAGGCGCCUGGUUAAAGUCCGAGGAGACGGUGGCGAUGAAAACAAAGAGAGCAGACUUUGCUGCUGCUUUCCUGCGUGGCCGGAUGAUAGUAGCAGGAGGACUUGGUCAUGAGCCGUCCGCGCUGGACACAGUGGAGGCCUUUCAUCCUCAGAAGAAGAAGUGGGAGAGGUUGGCUCCGAUGACCUUCCCCCGUUGCUCCACCUCCUCCAUCGUCAUCAGAGACCGCCUCCUAGUGGUGGGAGGAGUCAACCAGGUUCCCAGCUCAGCUCAUGAGAUCCUGUACGUAAAAGAAGAAGAGUAUCUGUAGCCUGCUGUAACUGAAACCUGAUGAAUGCAACAGAUCGGCCAUUCUACUUCCUCUUCUCUGUUCAACCCUCCUAAAUCAGACUGUAGUGCGAUAUAUAGGAAGCAUUGAAAAAUACCGAGAGUUGGAGUGUGAAUUGACUUAGUGAUGUUACAUAACAGACAACACUGCCCCCUGCUGGGCCGUGCUGACACUGAGCCCCACAUGUAUGCACUCACAUGCACAAUGGAGGAGCUGGCUCUUUCUUUA